GCCAUGUAUUCGCAGCGACAGCACGCAUAUGCGCCCACCCCAUAUGUCCCUCGAGCCAAUUUAUCGGCUAACAUCAAUCUCGAUGAAGAAGUCAAGCUCUCUGCCACGAGCGCAGAACGCGACCUCUACGACUCCCUCGCCGAGAUAUACAGCAUUAUAAUUACCCUCGAUGCCCUCGAGAAAGCCUACCUCAAAGACUCGAUACCUGAGAGCGAAUACACCGAAACAUGUAGUCGACUCUUGAAGCAAUAUAAGUCUAGUUUAGCAGACGAAAGCGUAGCCGCUGCAUUUGGGCAUCUUGAGAACUUCAAACGGGAGUGGGACAUUGAAGCACCCCGCGCCACUGAACGCAUACGCAUUGGCCUUCCUGAGACUACUAGCAGACAAGUCGACCCAAAUGCCUCCGCCGACGUGACUCUCGUCGUGAAUGCUACCGAGAACUUUAUUACCCUUCUCGACGCUAUCAAAAUGGGGCUAGCCGGGAAGGACACGCUGCACCCGCUGCUAGUAGACAUCAUCCAGUCGGUGAACAAGGUCACAGAUAAAGAUUUCGAUAACAAGGGAAAGAUUAUACAGUGGCUCAUCACACUGAAUCAGAUGCGUAUAGCGCAGAAGUUGGAUGAAGAUCAACUGCGGGAGUUCCAGUUUGAGAUGGAUCAAGCGUAUUAUGGGUUCAAGCAGAUUUUGAAGGGGGAUUGAGGGGUAUAUGCGUAUGCCUCAAGAUUUAAAGAUACCGCAAUGGAGCUAGAUGCCUUGUUACGGCCCAUCAAGAGCAGGAAGCUCCAAGCCAGACGAUUCGCCAACCCGGACAAAGUCGCAAACACACGGCCUCACGGUCGCUUCUAGCGCCACGCAUGGUCAAUGUCUAGAAGCAUUGCUCUCGGCUGUGCGCCGCAAUCACGACGUCUG